UCGCAAGGCUCUGGCUCAGCCAUCUUCACAAUUGUCGCGUCCGCUGCUUAUAGUUAGUAUAGGAGGAACAUGGUUUCCCCUUGACAACGUCUAUCAAGAGCUGCGCGGUUCCAGUAUUAUACGUUAUCCUAAUAUAUACUAACCUUGGGUCGCCCACCUAUCCUAAUCCCAGCUAUGACCAUGAGUGCGGGAUACACAGUUUCGCCUGCGUCGCUCGACCUUCGCGAUCACCUCAAUGAUCGCACACAGCAACCCCGCCGUGACACUCAUCAUAACUAUAACUACAAUUACAAUUACAAUCAUAACCAGAAGUGUCCCGUCACACCUGUUGAAUCUCAUCUAUUGUCGCCGUAUUCCUCCCACGUUCAAAGUAACUCUGCCUCGCCUAUAGCUAAUCUCAAUACCCCCGCGGACACCGUCUCCACCGACUUCUACCAGCCGAGCGAGUUCAGUAGCGAAUUUGAUGACCCAUUUCUUGGGGUUGACUUCAACGACACCCAAGAUACAUUGCCUCAAUUCCUCGAAGGGUUCGACAGUAUUCAGGAACCCAUAACCCAUGCACUCAUCCAAAAUAGUGUCACUAGGGAUGCUAUAUAUCCUCUGAGUCCUCAUCAGACGCCUGCCGUACCAUCGACAGCAACUUUUGGUAGUAGUAUAGACGCCAGUGCUGGCUUGGCGAAUUCCACCGAAUCUCAGCAUUUCGCAAAUCAAGUUCAGCCCUUUACCAGCUCCGUCGAUUCGAAUCAGCCUGCGCCUCAGCUAACACCCGAUACCAACGACGGUAGUUUCUCGAGUGAUGAUAGCCUUGCGCCGACUACGCUUGCUAUGGCUACCCAAAGUCCCCGCGUUACCGUUUCCAUGUGGAACCGGGAUGCAGAAGCUCCAAUACAAGGUGUAGAGAGGUCCUUUAUUGCGGGCGCCGAAAGCCCUCGGACUGUGCACGUUUCACAGAACUUGGCCGGGGAUUUGGCUCGCGAAAAUACUCACGAGACCACAGUGUCACGAGAUGCACAGGGUAACUGGCUACCACAGUCUGCCGGAGGAUAUCGAGGCCUUGCUCCAGGAGACCGUCCUUCCGAAGAGAUCCCAAGUCCUAAUCAGCAAGCCACCCAAAGGGAACGCGCAGAAAAGAAUAAAGAGGUUUUCGAAUGGGUAUCCCUAUCGGCUGGUGACCCGAGCAACGUCCCAGAUGGUCUGGAAAGACUUGCUGGCGGACAGGGUUCGGGAGAUGAUAAUAUACCCUCCACCGAAAUUCCUCUGGGAAAUACAACUGAAAACAAGUACAUUCAUAAUCAGACAUAUUUUAAUGUCGACGGACCGGGUGGGCCUGUUACGCACGCUGAUAUUGAUAUGAUGCGACAGUUCCCUACCUGGGGGGAUGCGCCGACAAUUCAUGCUAUUCAAUCCGGCACCCAGUAUCAGCCUGCAACAUCACAAGCUGCUAUCGAAAGGUUCAACCGGCAAUGCCGGGAUACCGACUCAAUUGUCUCGAGAGCAGCCACCUGGGGGACGCGCCGGCGCAGCCUACCUAGCAUCGUUGACAUGGAGGAGAUUCUUAGCGGAAAUUUCUUCAAGAAACUGUCCAUUAGUGGACACAGUCGCCGGCCAAGUUUCAUGAAGAGAAUUCCCAGCCUUGUACGGAAACCCAGCACCAGCCAAUUAUUGAAGCGUAAAGGAAGCAAUGCUAGUGAAGUACCACCAGAGGAUGUUGGAGAACGUGAACGUCGAGAAUCUAAAGAUACGUUGGCGCCGCCGUCGCGUACCUCUAGUUGGGGGAUUACUAAGAAGCAACCUCCUAGUUUAAAUACCGCACUGCUCGGAAUGGCUACAGGAGCCGCCUCAAUCGGGACAGCUCACGUCCGGAGCGGUUCAAUUAGUGCAUCGGUGACUUCGCCCAAGAGUUCAUUUGGAGCUCUCGGUAUACCCUCCGUCAAAAAUACUCUCAGGAGGCCGAGGAGUAAGACGGAGCUUCCGAAGAGUUCUAACCCGGAAUACUUCUCACACCCAAAUCUCGUGGAGAUGUUGAAAAGGCAAGGUGGUCCACCAGUUGCUGCACUAGCGGGGACGCGGUCGACAAUAGAACAGGAUGACGAGGACGAUGAAGAUGAAGAUGAUGAAGGGUUCGACGAUGCGGACAUAAAGACCGAGUCAAACAACUCGAAACACAUCGAACCAACUUUCGCGGGUUUUCGAGAACAUGUACUUGAUCAAAAUCCUGGUCUUCCGAGUGAGAAUGGAUGGCUAGCCGACCGUAUCGCGCAUCAGAUGGUUAUACGCUAUAAGCAACUUCAGUCCGCUAAAAUCAAGCAUCUAAAUCAGGUUCGACAGCAAAAGUGUCAUAGUGGAACACAAUGCAUUGGUCUUGGUGGGUCAGCUGUUCCCUUGGAUGGCAGAGGCAACGAGCGAGGUCUUGAUCCCCUAUCGGCUCGACCAGAUUCUUCCGACGGCGACACCACGCCACUCGAAGGCGGUAUUAGCUCGGAAAGUUUCCCGCAGGGUAUCCCUAUGCCUCCGACUUCGUCCCUCCCAGCAGAGUUUGAGUGCCAACUGUGUUUCACGAGUAAAAAGUUCCAGAAACCUUCUGACUGGACCAAGCACGUCCAUGAGGAUGUCCAGCCGUUCACAUGCACCUGGGAGAAAUGCCCCAAUCCUAAGAUGUUCAAAAGAAAAGCUGACUGGGUCCGUCAUGAAAAUGAAGGUCAUCGUCAUCUCGAGUGGUGGAUAUGCGACGUUGACGACUGCCGACACAUCUGCUACAGACGUGACAAUUUCUUACAGCAUCUCGUUCGUGAGCAUAAGUUCGCAGAGCCAAAAAUCAAGACGAAAGCUGCCAUUAAGAAGGCCGGUGGUGGUGACCGCACGUGGUCGAGAGUAGAGUCGUGUCACGUUGACACGUCAGAUAAGCCAUCUAACGAGCCUUGCCGGUUCUGUCGAAAGACAUUUCCGACUUGGAAAAAACUUACGGUUCACCUAGCAAAACAUAUGGAGCACCUCAGCCUUCCCGUCUUAGAAGUCGUCGCCAGGAAAGAACUGGAUGCAGAUACAAUCAUCAGCCCCGUGCAGGAUCCGCCGCGCCCUAGUUUUCCAAUGCCUCCAGUAAAACAAGAGCCUCCAAGCUUUAGUCCAGAGAGCGGUAACACGCCGAUUUCCGUUCCAAUGCCGCCAACAGGGCCGGCGGGGUAUUCCCAAGACGACUUCAAUUAUAACUUAGUCCGGAUGCCCGUACAAAAUCCCCUACAAAGUGACUACUACAACCCACACUCGAUAGCGCGGUCGUAUAACGAAAUGACGCCUAAUCAGGGGCCUAGUAUGAUGAUGCCAAAUUAUAAUAACCCUCAACCAUCCCAACCUCCGUACCAUACGGUACCCGUCACCACGAUAUCGUCAUACGAUCAGCCUCUAAAUGCCUACGUGAAUUUGCAAUCUCAGCAAGAAGGUUUAGAACCAUUUCCUCAGUUCGACCUUAACCCUCUAGGAAUUCAAGAACCCGCCGGGUCUUUAUCAUAUAGCAACCUUGCAGCUGGUAAUAUCUUACCGGUCGAGCAGUAUUCCAACCACGGAGGCUCCGUUUCGCCUUAUCACCACUCACCUCACCAAGGCCAAAACCACUUUUACAACUCGUGAAUGAUGAAUCCAUUCCUGUUUUGCAAUAUACUUCGCGAUGAUUCCUUAUAACAGAUACCCUCAAGCUGGAGUUUCGUUAUUUGGACAAUACUUAUAUAUUUUCAUUUUCUGGUUGAAGUCUAAGCGCCUAAGUGGCUACCAGACUUAUCU